UACCAGAGAAGGAACUGUCAGUGCUCGACAAACAUUCCGCAACAGUGCAGCUUGAACCACCUCUACCGAUACGUUCUUCUUUCGCCAGAUAUAAACAAAGUAGAAGGCGCGAAUUCACAAACUCGGCAUCAGAUUUUUCACGCCUCAGAUGUGAAAGCGCCGGGAAAUCGGUGAAAAAUUGGAUAAGAGUUUUCCUUGCAUUCGAAAGACAACGACUGUGAUUUUUAUUUUUUGACACAGGAAAAAUCAACAUGGCCACGAGCAGCAAUGGCUUCCGCGCCAUCAUGGAUUUAUAUAAUAAUUUCAUGGAAACAAAAAGUGAUCCUAGAACAUCUAGCUGGCUGCUUAUGAGCUCACCAGGACCAGUAAUCACAAUUCUAGUCACAUAUUUAUAUUUUUGUAUAUCAGCUGGACCGAGAUAUAUGAGGGAUAGAAAACCCUACGACCUGAAGCUCGUAAUACAAUGUUACAACGCACUUCAGAUAGUUUUGAGUGUGUAUUUAGUUUAUUUGGGUUUAGAAGGAGGAUGGGCUAGAGGAUACAGUUUUGCCUGUCAACCGGUUGAUUACACUGUCAACCCAACAUCAAUGACAAUGGCAACAGCAGUAUGGUUAUACUUCAUGACGAAAAUAAUUGAAUUGGUAGAUACGGUAUUUUUCGUUUUAAGAAAAAAGAUGAAUCAAGUAUCUUUCCUCCAUCUGUACCACCAUGCCAUGAUGCCUGUCUGUGGAUGGAUUGGAACAAAAUUUCUUCCAGGUGGCCAUGGAACUUUGCUGGGAGUUAUUAAUUCCUUCAUUCAUAUAAUUAUGUACACCUAUUACUUAUUGGCUUCCAUGGGACCCCAAUAUCAGAAAUAUCUUUGGUGGAAAAAGCAUGUAACUGCUUUGCAAAUGGUUCAAUUCUGCGUGAUCUUCGUGCACAACUCACAAAUUCUAUUCAGAGAUUGCAACUACCCCAAACCAAUAGCUUUCCUCCUAGCUAUCCAAGCUCUUUUCUUCCUUUACCUUUUCGGUAGCUUCUAUCACAGAAGUUAUGUACAGGCAAAAAAAUGGGAACAAGCAAGACAAAAAAGACAGCAAGCAAGAUUAGCAGCACAAGAAAAAGAAGACAAAGAAGCUGAGAAACUUAAAGGAACUACAGAAACAAAUAAUGCAGAAACGGAAGAAAUUGUUAUGAAUGGAAAAGCAAAACUGAACUCGUCUCACAAUGGUGCCCUGAAAUCUAAAUUGCUAAUUUUUGAACCAUUGUCGGCUAGAAAAACGAAAUUGUACUCAAUACUGACCAAAUUGACGUCGUGUAGUGAAGUAGCCCUUAAAAUGGCGUUACUGCUCAAAAGAAUCUAUGAGAGCUAUUUUUGGAUAUUCGAUGAUCUUGCUGAUCAUCGAACAGAUGAUUGGUUGCUUAUGGGAAAAACAGGACCAUGGAUACCAGCAUCUAUCAUGUUAACAUAUCUUUAUUUUGUUUUCAAAACAGGGCCAAAUUUUAUGAAAGACAGACCACCCUACGACUUAAAGAAAACACUUAUAUUAUUCAAUUUAAUCCAGAUUUGUGCCAAUGGAUACAUAUUCAUUAGGGGUUGUCACAUGGCAUUGAAUAUAAAUUGGUUAUGUGCAACAGUUGAUUAUUCUGAUUCUCCCGAUUCCAGAUUGAGUCUUGAAUUGGCUUAUUAUUAUUACGUACUGAAGAUUUCUGAUCUUCUUGACACAGUAUUCUUCAUUCUUCGUAAGAGAGAAAGACAAAUCACUUUUCUACACGUUUAUCAUCACUUUGGUAUGAUCUUCUUGUCAUGGGCUGGCACUAAAUUCCUCGCAGGUGGACAAAGCCUCUUCGUUGGAUUAUUUAAUAUAAUUGUUCAUAUGGUUAUGUACUUUUAUUACCUAAUAAGUGCCUGGGACCCUAAAUACAAGAACAGUUUGUGGUGGAAGAAACAUAUCACUCAGCUCCAAUUGUUACAAUUUGCUGCUCUAUUCGUAAUGUUUACGGGUCUACUUUUCCAACCUAGCUGUAAUUUCCCCAAAUUCCCAGCUGUUGCAUUCAUAUCGCAGAAUAUAUUCAUGCUGAUACUCUUCGGUGAUUUUUACUAUAAAACAUACAUCAAGAAGACCCCAGCUGAGAAAAAAGAAUGAUGAGAAUAUACGACAACAAAUUUUUCCUCAUAGUGAUAAAUUAUUACAAUUGUCCUAUAAACUAGAUAGGUAUUUAAGAUAAAAAAUAAUGUGAGUCUUUCUCUAUUUUAUGUUUUACACUGCUUUAUUACAUUUAGGAUCUCAUUUAUAAAUCCUAUCGAUAAAUGUCUUGUAAAAUAUUCCAUAUGAUAUGAAAAUACGUUUUCCACUUACAUUUCUUGUUUAUUAAUUCUAGGAACGAGUUAUUGUUUUUAGUUUUUUAUUAGAUAAUGUACAAUAAUUUUUUUUUAAUGAACUAUUAGAUCCAUCAUACAUUUAUUAAGUUGAUUCUGAUAAACUCACCAAAUAACUUGUUUUUAAUAAUAGUUUCCCUAAUGUAUUAAGAUACAUAUAGUUUUAAGUUAUUCCAUUACAAGCAAACUCUUCUUUUUCAGCGCUUCUCAAAAAAUUCAAUUCAAUCCUCGAUAUAUUUUUUUUUCUUUUUUCGAUUUUGAUUCCAGUAUUUUUUUUCAUUUAAUCCUUUACCGAAUGAGAGAUCCGAAAAUCUUAAUAUUAUUUCAGUUUCACUAUAAUCCACUAUAAUUAUUCAAUUCAAGAUAUUUGGAGCAAUUGAAUGUAGAAAAUUUCACACUGAUUGUCCAAUUACUAUAAAACCAUAAUUUUCGUUCUAGGUACAUAAUGAAAUUAAAAAUUGUAAAUUAAGAUCGAUAUUCUGAUUGAGAGUAAAUCUUUGAUAGAU